AUGCCUCUUUCUGUUUUUCUUACAUCCUACGACAUCGGUACAUUCGAUUCUCAACAGCUAGAGCAGAAAUUGUUGGCGAAUACGGGAAUGAUGUUGGAUGAUGCGUCUCAAAGUGCAGCUGAAGGAAACACCGAUCUAAACAUCACCCCGGCCACGUCUAGGUUUAUUCGCAAAAUAGAUUCUAAUUCAAUACUUCCUGAUCUAUUCGAUGAUCAUACUUGA